UACAACAGUCUCCAGUUCUAGUUACACAGUAAUCUCAUUUCAUCAAAACCAAAAACCCCAAACCCCCAAAUUCAAUUCAAUCCAUGAGCGCAGCGAUGAUGACAAGCGUCAAAGUAGACUCAGUGAAAUCAUUCAAGAGAUGGGGCAGGACCCACCCUUUCAUCCGGUACGGACUUCCGAUGAUCUCCCUCACCGUGUUCGGCGCCGUCGGACUCGCACAUCUCAUCCAAGGCAGCAAAGACAUCGCCAAGUUCAAGGACGACCAGGAAUGGGAGGUCUUCGAGACCCGCAAAGCUCUCUCCAGAACCCACGCCUAUAAACCCAAGAACAUCUCACUCGACCAAGAGCUCAAGGCAUUGCAGGAGAAGGUGGACAUUAACAACUACGAUUACAAGAGGAUUCCGCGCCCGAAUGAAGACAAGUCACACUAGUUGGAGUUGUGUUGGGUUUUGAUCACUCUGAUGUAAUAAUAGUUGUGUUGGGUUUGUGUAACUGUGAUGUGUUUUGCAAUGAAUAACAGAUUCGGCACCAUGUUUGAGGUUCUUGUUUAUUUACUCUGCUUGGUUUUUUAACCUUGUUCUGUGAAUUAUGUGAAUGCUGCAAGUGAAAUAAUGGAAGGAGAGGUCAGAAGGAUGGACCGUAGUAGCAGAGAGAGAACAGAAGCUGUUGAGUUGAAUGAACAGGGGCAAUGGGAAUGGCAAGGACCAACAUGUUGGAAAACCAGUGGUCCAGCUGCUGCUGACAUUUGGUAACUGAAGAUGGGAGGAAAAUUAGUUACCUACCAUGACCUCAAUGCUUCAGUUGCAUUCAGCCACUACUCUCAGUACAUCAUAAAGUUUAAAUUUCAACCUGUCUCUUGUCUCCACUGUUGCCUAGGUCUAAUUGUAGAAGGGGAGAGUUUUCUACCACAUUCCUACAGGUCAUUUGUAUGCAAGUUCC